AACAAUUACUUAGCUGAUACGUCCUACUUUAACUCCAAAAACCUUUUAAUAAAAUUAAAUCAAAUUAACAAAAAAGAGUUGUAAAAAUGUCAGCAUUAAGGUUUGAUGGAAAAGUUGCUGUCGUCACCGGAGCUGGCUCUGGUUUGGGCCGGGAAUAUGCCUUGCUAUUUGCUUCUAGAGGUGCAAAGGUCGUCGUAAACGAUUUGGGAGGAAAUUUCCACGGCGAAGGUAGCUCAAAGCAAGCCGAUGUCGUAGUUGCUGAAAUCAAAGCACUGGGAGGAGAAGCUGUUCCCAAUUACAAUUCCGUCACCGAUGGCGAACAAAUAAUCAAAACAGCAAUCGAGGCAUAUGGGCGCAUUGACAUUCUCGUGAACAAUGCCGGGAUUUUGCGGGACAAAAGUUUCGGGAACAUGAGCGACAACGAGUGGAAUGCCAUUUAUGAUGUCCAUUUAAAGGGAGCUUAUGUCACAACUCGCGCUGCCUGGCCUUAUUUCCGCAAACAAAAAUACGGACGAGUCGUCAUGACGAGCAGCAACUCUGGCGUUUACGGAAAUUUCGGUCAAGCGAAUUAUUCGGCGGCGAAAUUGGGACUUGUGGGACUGGCAAAUACUUUGGCGAUUGAAGGGGCGAAAUACAACAUUCAUUGCAACGUCAUAGUUCCAACAGCAGCGUCUCGCAUGACGGAGGGAAUUUUGCCGGAAAUUUUCUUCAAAGAACUGAAACCGAAAUUAAUUGCUCCGGUGGUGGUUUAUUUGUGUCACGAAGAGUGCGACGACAACGGAAGCAUUAUUGAAAGUGCUGCAGGCUGGGCGACGAAACUUCAUAUUGUUCGUGGCAAAGGCUCGUUUUUGAGAACUUCCAUUGAGAGCGAUGUCUCGCCCGAAUAUGUUCGAGAUGCAUGGAGUAAAGUAACUGACAUGACCCAAGCAGCUCGAUUUGAGUCAAAUGCUGAAGCUACAGGACACUUAGCGAACAUUUUGGAGGAAUUGCAACAAAUGAAAGGCAAAAAUUCAUCGCAAGAUGGCGGAUAUUCGGAUAUUUUCAAAUUCACGUCGAAAGAUUUGAUUUUAUAUGCACUUGGAGUGGGUGCCUGUGUCCGUCGUGAAGGCGAUUUGCGAUAUUUGUACGAAAAUUACGACGGAUUUGGUCCCUUGCCGACAUAUUUCAUCCAACCGGGUCUCAUGAUCACCUUAACGAGUGACAUCGUGGGCAAAGCUCUGAAAAAAGACAUUGAUUUAUCGCAAGUUUUCCAUGGAGAGCAAUUUUUAGAGGUACUUGGACCUUUACCAACCGAAGGAGAGUUAAAAACGAACGCUUAUGUCGCGGAUGUGCUUGACAAAAGAUCCGGCGCCGUCAUUAUUGUAAAUGCCGAGACGUCAGAUUUAGCUGGGAAUCCCAUUGUUCGUACCCAGAGCAGCGUUUUCGUUGUCGGAGCGGGAAAUUUUGGCGGCAAAAAGGACUCUGACAAGUUAAUUGCCACAGUUGCCGAGCCAAAAUCCAAGCCAGAUGCCACGAUUGAGAUAAAAACGUCUGUAAAUGCGGCGGCUCUCUUCCGACUCUCGGGAGAUUUGAAUCCGAUGCAUAUCGAUCCCGGCUUUUCCAUGAUCGCCGGGCAUAAGAUACCAAUUAUGCACGGUUUGUGCACGAUGGGCCUUUCGGUGAAGGCGAUCUUAGCAAAAUACGCGGGAAAUCAAGCAAAUUUGUUGAAAGCGGUCAAAGCGAGGUUCUCUAAGCCCGUGAUUCCGGGCCAAACGUUGCUCGUUCACACCUGGCGCACUGGAACACGGAUCAUUUUUAAGACUUCCGUGCUCGAAACUGGCGCUGAUGUCUUAGUUGGAGGUUAUGUCGACCUCAGAUCUGUCGUUGAGAACAAAACUGCAGCGAAAAAGCUCGAAAGUGACGCCGUUUUUGAUGGGAUGCAAGCUAAAAUCGACGCCAAAUUGGAACAAGUUAAAAAAAUUAACGGAGUUUUCUUGUAUAGAAUUCUCGAUAAUGGCGCCGUUGCCAAAGAAUGGACUUUAGACCUGAAAAACGGUAAAAUCCACGAAGGCAAAUUGGAUCGCGUUAAAAUCGAUACGACGUUAUCGGUGGAAGAUAAGACACUCAUGGAGAUUGCGACGGGCAAAUUGAAUCCGCAAGCAGCAUUCAUGAAAGGCAAGUUGAAGAUAACAGGCAACAUCAUGUUGACGCAAAAAUUACUCCCGCUCCUGAAGGAAGAAGGCAUUGGCGCGAACAAAACUUCAGGCACCACGUUACAAAGUGACGCCAUUUUCAACGGAAUCCAAGAUAAAAUCAACGCGCAACCGGAAAAAGCCAAAUCCGUUAACGGAGUAUUUUUGUACAAAAUUUUGCACGACGGGAAAGUCGUCAAGGAAUGGACUUUAGACCUGAAAAAUGGCAAAAUCCACAAAGGACAUGCAAAAGAUAUCAAAAUUGACACGACUUUGACGGUGGCUGAUUCAGAUUUGGUUGAAAUUGCAACCGGAAAGUUGAAUCCGCAAUCAGCUUUUAUGAAGGGAAAGUUGAAGAUUACCGGAAAUAUCAUGUUGACGCAAAAGUUGGUUCCAUUGUUGAAAAACGAAGCGAAAUUAUAAGUUGUUGAAAGGAAGCAAUUUAGUGAUAAAAUGAGGCUUUAAUGGGUUGAUGGGACAUAUUUUUUAUUAUUCGUACAUUUCCAGUUUAUGUUUAAAAAAUUUUUUAUGCAGUUAAAUAAAAUACAGCAAUCAAAUAAAAGGUGAAUGCGAAAAAAAAUUAAUGC